GUGAGGGAGGAGAGAGAGCGAAGGUGGGGGGCUUGGCCGGGUUGCUUGGAAUUAGGAGAACAGCAGGGAAGAAGAAGAGGCAGCAGCAUCCUUAAAAGAAAGAAGAGGAAGAAGGCUCCCCAUCUUACUCAUCACUGACAACCGCUCAGGACUUUCCCAGGACACCUCCUUUGGCCUGACCGACCCACCAGCCCCGUCACCAUGAACUACCUUCGCCGCCGCCUGUCAGACAGCAGCUUUGUGGCCAACCUCCCUAACGGCUACAUGAUGGAUCUGCAGAGGCCAACACCUCCAGGUUCAUCCACCUCCUCCCCGGCCUCCCCGGCCACAGAGAGGCGACAGCCCCCAACCUUCCCAACCCAGACUCAGGGCCCGACUCCAAGCUCUGCCGCAGGGACAGGCAGCUUCCUCAGUUCUUUUUCUAGUGUGGUGAAGAGUGCCCAGAUGGCGCAGAAUGUCGCAGCUGCCGCACAUGCUAAGUCAGCAGCGGCAGCGGCGGCUACUGAGGGAGCUCCAACAGGGAGCAGUCAGCCUGCCAAGCCUGUUAUCCGCAAGCCCAAGGUCCUGUUGGUCAUUGAUGAUCAGCACACAGACUGGGCCAAGUAUUUCAGAGGCAAGAAGCUGAAUGGGGAGUGUGAGAUCCGAGUGGAGCAGGCAGAGUUCUCAGAGAUCAACCUGGCCUCGUAUGUCAAUUCGGGAUGCAUGGUGGACAUGCAGGUCAACAAGGGUGGCUCAAAAGUGGUCAGGUCCAUCAAACCAGACUUCGUCCUGAUUCGCCAGCAUGCCUACAGCAUGAUCCCAGGAGAGGACUUUAGGAACCUGGUCAUUGGCUUGCAUUUUGGCGGCGUCCCAAGUAUCAACUCCAUCUUCUCCAUCUACAACUUCUGCAGCAAGCCUUGGGUGUUUUCUCAGAUGAUUAAGCUCUACCACUCACUCGGUGCUGAGAAAUUCCCCUUGAAUGAACAAACCUUCUAUGCCAACCACAUGCAGAUGGUUACAACCUCUUCCUAUCCCGUGGUGGUGAAGAUGGGUCAUGCUCACUCAGGCAUGGGGAAGAUCAAAGUUGAAAAUCAGCAGGACUUCCAGGACAUCACCAGCGUGGUGGCGCUGGCCGGGACCUAUGCCACUACUGAGCCCUACGUCCAGUCCAAGUAUGACAUCCGCAUCCAGAAGAUCGGCAACAACUACAAGGCUUACAUGAGAACCUCAAUUUCUGGAAACUGGAAGGCCAACACAGGUUCGGCCAUGUUGGAGCAGAUUGCCAUGACUGACAGAUACCGACUGUGGGUGGAUUCCUGCGCUGAGAUGUUUGGUGGCCUUGACAUUUGUGCUGUGAAGGCCGUCCAUGGAAAAGAUGGCAAUGACUACAUCAUUGAGGUGAUGGACAGCUCCAUGCCUUUGAUUGGGGAACAUGUGGAGGAAGAUAAGCAGCUGAUCACAGAGCUGGUCCUCCAUAAGAUGGCACAGCUGCUUCUGGGAGUUUCCACACCACCGCCAUCUUCAGUCAAGACCACACAGCCCAGACGAGGUGGACACCGCUCUGGCUCUGCCUCCCCUUCCCAGUCGGCGCAAGGUUCUCCACAGCGAGCCCGGUCAGCCACCACUUCACCGAGCCAGGCCUUUCAACCCGGGCCUAUCCCUGACGCUUCUGGACCUGGAGCUCAGAAACAGUCUCCUCAACUCAACAAAUCGCAGUCGCUGACCAACACCUUCACAGAGACUUUGCGAGGCAACGUGACAGACGACGAGGCCAAAGCAGAGACCAUCCGCAGUCUCCGGCAGUCUUUCGCCAGCCUCUUCUCUGACUGAGACUCUCCUUCUUCAUCCUUUCUGCUUCCUGUCAAUCUGCUGAGGAAUCUCCCUGCUUCAUCUUCUGGUUUCCUUCCGUCUUCUGUCACUUUUGUGAAUAACUGCUUCUCCUAGCACAUUCACUACGAGAAAGGCUUUUUAAACACUUUUCAACACUUUUUAUGUCAGUGCUGGCACAACAAUCAAACCAAACUCUAUUCAGAUUUCUCUUCAUUUUAAAGGAAAACUGCACUUUUUCUGGAAUGUUGCGCAUCAUCCACAAUCCUUACGUGAAACAUGAACAGACAUUUCUUUCUCUUUUCUGUGUGCUCUAAAGUGACAAAAAAGAGCUAACACUGCACAUAAUGGAACACCCCUAUUUCGACUAUAAAGCCCUCUAAAAAAAACCUAACCUAACAAUAUUUUUAUUGUUUUAUAUACAUGCUGACAGAGUCAGGACCGGCAUGACCUGUUGGUGUAAAUGUGGAGCUAGCCAAGCCAUGCCGAUAGAAAUGGAGUGUUUCUGCUGCACUGAGUGGCAUACCAUGUUGCCAUCGAUGGAAAGGCCUCAUGUUUACUGCAUAGCGAGGACGACCUCGCUCCAAGAGACUCCAUCACAAAAAAAGGAAGAAUUGUCAGCACUAACAAACCCUGCAGUGGUACAGUCUUUUUCCCACCUACCCAAAAUCAACUGGACCAGACGGACAACUGUCCAUCGAGUAAGUCACCAUGAUAUCGAUUCUGAUACAUGGAGCAUAUAGCGCUUGAUAUCACAGCUAUACACACAGUCCAUUUAGCCAUGUACAAACACAACAUGGAGUAUGGGCUAAUAAUCUACAAUAAUUUAGUUGUGUAUCCGUAGUUGUUCAUAUGUGGGCUCUUACCUCUCGGUAGUGGCGUGAGGCGCUGUGUCAUCAUCAUGCCAGAAAAAUAGUUUGACAUCGCGACAAUAGCUACAAUAACAAUGUUGCUGUAGCUUGGUUUAUAUACAGGUCAUGUAUGUAAAAUAAAACAUUGCUGGAGGUUUUUCUAUUUAUAGUCGAAAUAAGUGUGUCCCGUUACGUGCUUUGUUAGCUCCCACAUGCUAGCUGCUUUGUCUCUCUUUAGAACGCACAGAGAAGGGAAAUACAUGUAUAGUCAGGUUUCAUAUAAGGGUUGAGGAUGGUGGCAACAUUCCAACAAAAGUGCCGUUUUCCCUUUGCCACCUUUUCUGUGCCUGCUUUCCUCUUCAUGCCACACAGCUGUGGUGUCCAAAGUGCGUCCCCAGAAGAAGGAUGAGGGCCACAUUAAAAAGGCAAAACGUUAAAAUAUUGAACGUUUGAACAGGAUAUCACACUAACAAUAAUAAUGAUUGCAAUACGUUUAACAGCCUAGCAUAUCUUGACUUAUACUGUUUUAUCGUGUUGAAUAAAAAACAUUAACCAAAAAAGUGAAUAAUAUGAAAAUGGCCGUGCCGCACGGUGGCCUUGUGGUGGAGAUUGGGAAGAUCUGGGUUCGAAUCCCAGUUGGGCAUUUGUGUGUGUGUGGAGGUAUGAAUGUGAGCGUGAAUGAUUGUUUGUCUAUAUGUGCCCUGCGAUUGGCUGGUAACCAGUCCAGGGUGUGACCCGCCUCUCACCCAAAGUCAGCUGGGAUAGGCUCCAGCAUACCCGCGACCCUAAUGAGAAUAAGCGGCAUAGAAGAUGGAUGGAUGGAUGGAUGGAUGGAUCAAAGUGGCCCCCAUGUACUUUAUUUUUUCAGCGGACAAAGUUUGGACACCACUGCCAUACCAAUUCUCUUGCAAAUGGUGUCCUUCAUGCUGUAAUUGCUUAUGUUGUUCACUUAUCUUUAGUGAAGCAUCAAUCUUGAUCAAUUCAGUAUUUGCAGCUUGCUUGGCCUUUCUAGUGGUGAAUAAUUCCAGUCACAUGUCAUAAUCCAGCUUGGUCUACUUGAUAUUUAAUUAAUAAGCAAAUAUAUUUUUUUUCUCCUUGUCUCACUCAGUGAAAGUGUUUAUGCACUCAUGUUUAGUCAUUACAGUGUCUUUGAAGCAGCAGCUCUUAAAGGUUUGCAGCUGUCCAUGGCAAUAUUAUUCCAAGAGAAGUGCAUAAAAGCACAAGGCUCACCAGCGUAUUUUCCAGCUACUCACACAUUGGCUUAAGCAGCGACUCCUCCACCAAAGUGCUUUUUAAGCCAAUUAAAAAUAAGUCUGCAGCACGCUGGGUCAAGAGCGAAAUCGCACAGCUUGUCGACCUUUGAACUGAGUGAUUUCACAAAGGUGCAAAUGCUCUUCUGGCUUCUGGCCAUCGUCUUCCGUGACAGCAAAGUUGUUGUUUUAGUUUUCUUGCUGUUUAGUGCUUUGUGAAUAACACUCUUCCAUCCAAGGGUGAUUUAUGGCAUUAAGUUACAGCUGUGUGCAAACAAUGACCAUAAAGUCCCCAAACCCCCAAAAAAGAAUACAAUGUAUUGCUAAAAUUAUUGUAUUUGUUGUUUUGUUUUUUUACACUGUUUGUGGCCAAAUGUUGUCAAAUUUAAUAUAAAUAGUUGUAAUGCAUGAAACUGUACAAAAGUGUGGGUGCAGGUGCGGGUGGUAUUAACUGUAAACGAUUAAUAAUAUUACGGCCCUUGUUUGCAAUAAUUAACCUUUUAGGCUAUUUUAAUUGUUCACCGUGAAGCCUAAUGCUUUGACUACAAAAAGCUAACCUUAUUAGAGUCCUUUGACAUUUUAACAUGAGAAUGUUGAUUUACUCAAAGCUAACAUUAACUACAGACAGCUGAGCACACUGACUGAAGUUGUGGAAAAUGUUCCUAAUUUUUCUGUUCAUUUGUGCUACGACUCGUUUUUCCUGUAUGCCAAGCCAUGCUUACUAGAAUAACUUCAAUUCGGUUUUCAUUUUACUUUAAAAAUGUACAUAGUACGCUCUAAUGUCAACCACAGCAGGAAAGUUGAGAAACGAUAAUAGUAAUAAGAAGAGAUGUUACAUGUGGAUGCAUUUUGUAUUCAGUUCAUGCAGGUUAUUACAUUUAAUUGCCUUUAGCACUGUGUCAAAAGGGACCAAAUUAACAUUUGAAAAGUAUAUUGUUUUGUCCCUUCUGUAAAGAUGCCUAAAAGACCCGUGUGAAAAGCCAUAAGCAAAUUAUGAGUAUGCGCCGCGCAAUAAUUGCUCCCUUGUAAACUGACAUAUGGACCUAAAUCAUCGUGCCAUGUGACUUUGAGAUGCGGUUAAUCAUAGCGUUCCAUCAGAUUCCGUGACGAGAUUAUGCAGUUGUUUUUCUCCGUCAAAGCAAGAAAAAUAAAUAAAAAUGUCGUUAUAAAGUGCAGCUCAUCUGCAGUGUUUUUAAUUUGACUAAAUUGAAACAGACCUCCAUUGUUUCCAAACUACCUCAAGUUAUGCAGAAAAUGACUUUAGUGUGGUUGACGCUUGGAGGCCAAGAUCUGCGUGCGAUGAGUGAGAAGACAUUGACUGUACGUGUAAUGUCUGUGACGUCAAAACCAGUGUAAGUUACCUGACCAUGGAACUCAGCAUUCAUGAGAUUAUCAGCAUCCAAAUUGCUGUCACGACAUUUAGGAAUUUAAGGAACAAAGACUGUUUUCAUUAAGAAUUGACAAUGGAAAAAUGCCAUUAAUCGACAAAUCUUUGUUUUGUUUUGUUUUUAUUUUGUAUAUAAUUUACAAAAAAAGAAAGUUUGGUUUUCUUUUAUUACAGGAAAAAAACAUCAACUUUAUGUGAAAUGGUAACGGAGCCUUAUGUUAUAUACAACUAACUAGGGAUGCGCCGAUCGAUCGGUCACCGAUCAGUAUCGGACGAUUUCCUUUGAAAAAUCAUGUGAUCGGCAUACGCUCAUAAAACGCUGGCAACGCCGAUCACAAAAGCCAAUCACCUGUGGGUACAACUAUUGCAGCCCGCAGCAACCCUGUCGUGCAGUGUAGUGUCUUGACGUAACUAACGUCUUCAGCAGUGUUGUACUCCCACUUCCUUUGAAACAAAAACACGUCACGUCUGCCGCAUGGAACCUAACUUCUAAAACGCCACGAAAAAUACCUGGCGGGGGUAGCCGUUAAAAACUUUAAUAAGGCAUUUGAACAACACUUGAUGGAGUAUGGUGCAUUUUGGAGGCUCCCGGUCACGGCAGCUAACGCAGCCAUGUGGCUAACACUCGCCCAUAUGUGUUCUGGGUCCCAUGAAAAAAAAAAAAAAUCGUGUUCCCCCCAUUAAUCCAUUAAUCCAUGUGUGAUUUCAGUCCUGGAUGAUCGGUAUUGGAAUCGGCAGCAUAAAACCCUGAUCGGUGCAUCCCUACAGCUAACCUUAUUUUCUAGUUAAAAUGUCAGCACCAAACUCUGCUUAAUAAUUACAUUCCAUUACAGCUAAUGAGUCCAGCACUUCCUGUUUUGAUUCUGCAGCACCUAACAACUAGUUAGGUCUGAAUUAUUGCCAGCUCAACUGGUUGAUGAAAGGGCGUGAUCAUUUGAUUUAGCAUGGAAACCACUGGAAACAAUUAGAGCCAUCAUAACAUGAUAGUAAGACCUGAUGGGACAUGACUAGAACUAGAACGACUGGCAGUCAUGUCGACCAAUUAGAGCUUCAGCUGCCAUCAGCUUUUAAAAUGUGUGAAUUGUUUCAACCUUUCCUCUUUGGAAAAAGGCAAUACUCACUUUUUAUGUUCGAAAGUUUAAUUCUGACACAGUUUUGGUCGUGAAAGGUGUGAAAUAUGCAGACACAGAGACUUGACACAAAAUCCUGCGACUGUCACUGUUGAGUUGCACAAUAUUCCCUCCACUGUGUUCGCUUCCUCUCUGGUGGAUGGUAUCAAAUGGUACUUUAGGUGUUCUUCUUCUGUAUAUUGGUGUAAAUGUGGCAUGAAUCCUACUUGUGUGCCUCAGGUGUGAACAUUCAGUCGUCAUGUGAUUUUUUUUUUUUUUUAAAUGUCCGGCUGCUUAUUUGUGAGUGCAAUGCAUCUCGUAUGUUUCUGCAAUUUAUCAGUAUUCUGUACAGUUUGGUCCAGAUUUCUGUUAUUAAAAGUGUGACCUUUUACUACACCUG